AGCCAUUUUGUUUUUAUAGUGUGGCAUUUAGAGUGUCCGCCGUAGACGUGACUAAAAUUUUGUGCCGUCGCCUUUGUUUCGUGUGUCGGCCGUUGAUAAUUUAAUCACUUUUCGGACACAUUUUUAAAACGUUAACGACAUUACAGUUGCAUUAUUUUUUUCGACAAUUAAGUUUCGGUUCGUUUUUUUUUUUUCAAUUUGACUUUAUUUACGGCUGUUAGUGACCUCCGCCGCUGCGGUGUAGACGACUUGUUUGUGUUUUGCAAUUUAUUAAAGUAAUUUUAUGGUUUUAAUGUGCAGUGGUGUGAAUGAUUGGAUUGCCUAGAGAUUUUAAGUCUAAAACAAUCACUGUUAAAAUCGAAAACAUGAAACGCAGAAGUUAUGGCCGCGAUUCUCCGCCAAUGUCACGGAAAAAACGACACGGAAGCAUUAAUCGGUACGAUGGUAGUUCGGACGAAAGAGGAUCGCCAGAACGUAUGCGUCGUCGAGCCAGAUCGCCACCCAGUCCUAGGCCGUCCAGGUAUAACUCGGAACGUGAUGAGUUUGGUCGCUCCAGAGAAUUAGACCGAUCUCAUCCUACCUACAAAGUUUUGUGUGUCAGUGCUUUACAUCCUAAAGCUAACGAUGAACAAGUUAAAGAAACACUAUAUAGAGAGUAUCGAAAGUUUGGAGAAUUUUCAGUCAGAGUCUCUCAUGAGCUAGAGGAAAGAGUGGCUUAUGUGUGUUUUAGAAGUUCAGAAGAUGCCAAAGACGCUAAACACAGUAAGCCUAGAAUAAGUUUAUUUGAUAAAAUAGCCGUAGUCACGCCUGUUUAUGAAAGUCGAAGUUCUAGAGAUCAUUAUGAAUCUAGGCCUGCUAGGCGUUCUCGUUCUCGAAGCUACUCUCCAGAUUACGACCGUUAUUAUCAUAGGUCACCCAUUCCUCAAGAACUUCAUAGACCUCAUCCAGCUGAUAGGUUUUACGAUAGGCUUCCGUAUGGUAGUCUUCCUCCGAUAUUACCUCCGAGAGACUUCAGAGAAAUUGGUCUGCCGCCACUACAUCCGCAUGAGUUGAUGAUCCCUAGAGGACCGUUAUUGCAUCAUGUGGCUCCUAUCCAUCCUCAUUUAGCUCCAAUCCACCCUUUAUAUGGGCCACCGCCUAGACAUUUUAUGCCUCCGUUCAGGCCACAUCCUCAUCCUCAUUUAUUGCAUGACAAAAAAGAUAAGUUCCCCAAUUAUUUACAUCAUAUACCUCCUGAAGACGAUCCAUUAGCCACGAGGACGUUAUUUGCAGGAAAUUUAGAAAUAUCGAUAUCCGAUGAGGAAUUACGUCGUAUAUUUGGUAGAUAUGGCGUCGUCGAAGAUAUUGAUGUUAAACGACCGUUACCUGGUACAGGAAAUGCGUAUGCGUUUGUUAGAUAUCAAAAUUUGGAUAUGGCACACAGAGCCAAAGUUGAAUUAUCCGGCCAAUAUCUGGGAAAGUUCCAAUGCAAAAUAGGUUACGGAAAAUCUACUCCUACACAACGAAUAUGGGUUGGCGGCUUAGGCCCGUGGACAUCAUUAGCACAGUUGGAACGAGAAUUUGAUCGAUUUGGAGUUAUUAAAAAAAUCGAGUAUGUUAAAGGUGAUACUUGUGCGUAUAUUCAGUUUGAAAGUAUCGAUGCCGCAACAGCCGCAGUUAAGGAAAUGAGAGGUGUGGCUCUAGGAGGUCCAGAACAUAAACUCAGAACCGAUUUUGCUGAUGGAGGAGUUUGUGGUAGCCCUACGUUAACUUAUUCAUCAAAGUCGAAGUCGUCUCAUGAUGACGUUGCUGCAUCUGCCGGAGAUUUACGUGAAUUAUCAAGACGUGAUGAAUAUCCAUACGGUUGGCCCGAUGGCGAAUACCCUUCUUAUAGUUCGAGGAGUUAUCGUAAAGGCCGUUCUGAAUAUGCUGAGGAGGGCAGAGACUUCAGUAGCUAUGACAAUGGCCGUUCAUUCAAACACUCUGUUUCCGAUAUUGGUUCGCCUCGUUCGCCUGAAAGGUCUCCACUUCAUCAAUCGAUUGACAGCGAUAUGGAUUCUGAAGAAGGCGUCGUACAACCUUCCGGCUCUUUGAGUUCUGUCCGUACAUUAAAUGAUUUGGCUCGUAAGUGUACUGAUACCUGGCAGGGCAGCCUUGUAUUGAAGAGUUCACAAUUCCCCGCCAAAUGUCAUUUGACUUCCGGCGACCUCAGUGUAAUAGAAUCGAUGAUGAAAGACGAAGAAGGAAAAUCCACGUUACGUAUUACCCAACGAUUGCGGCUAGACGAACCGAAAUUGGAAGACGUAACCAAACGUAUAAUGAGUGCCGAGACUAAUGCUAUAUUCUUGGCAAUGCCUUGUUCCACUAGCACGAUUGCUAACGACGAUGCUUUGGUGCAAAUACGACCUUUACGUAAUUUGGUGACUUAUUUGAAACAGAAGGAGGCUGCUGGUGUUAUAUCUUUAAUAGGUAAGGAACCAGAACCAACCGGUGUUCUAUACGCAUUUCCCCCUUGCGAGUAUUCGGCAAAAUUAUUAAAACAAAGUGCUAAACAUUUGAGCAACGAAUCAUUAAAAGACGAUCAUUUAGUUAUCGUUGUUGUUAGCGGAGGCGUUUCCUAGUAGUCUCGAAUCUUUUUCCAACUAUAAUCAUUUUUUAUGACCUGCCUUAAUACUUCGGAUUUAUCCGUCAUUUUUAUUUUUUUUUAAACUUAAAUAACGAAAUUAUUUAAACUAGGUAUUAUAUAAGUUACUUGAAAACAUUUAGUUUAAGGUUAGAUGGUUAAUGACAAACAAUAUUAGUAAAUUAGAGGGUUUUUAUUUUUAUUUUAUUGCCGGUUUCAUUAAAUAGCUACGGCUUUUAAUUGAAAGUAUGAAUUCAACGAAAGUAACUUUGUUUACGAUUUUCAACGUGUAAGUUUUUCAUUUUUUGCAAUGUGCUUUAAUUGUUGUUUUCAAUAAAUUAUAAUUAAAUUUUUUUAAUGUUUCAAAUUCACACACAAGUUUCAUA